AGGAAAGAUGAAGACGAUCACUCUGAGCUUCCUGCUGGGUCUGCUGGCUGCAGUUUACUGCAUGCCGUUAUCUCAGGGCACUGAUGAACAGUUAGCAGAGAACUACCUGAAGAAGUUUUACAACCUGACAGAAAACUCUGGUCCAACAGCCAGAGUUGGCAUCAGCCAGAUGACCAAGAAGCUAAUCGAGAUGCAGAAAUACUUUGGUCUUCAGAUCACAGGGACUCUGGAUGCUGACACCCUGAACAUGAUGAAGAAGCCUCGCUGUGGUGUUCCAGAUGUAAAUGCUGCUCAUUUCUCUACUUAUGGAGGCGAUCUGAAAUGGCAGACCAACAAACUCACCUACAGAAUAGAGAACUACACACCUGACAUGUCUCAGGAAGAGGUGGACGAUUCUAUUGAGAAAGCUCUGCAGGUGUGGGCCAAAGUCACUCCUCUGACCUUUACAAAGAUGAACAGCGGCACGGCUGACAUCAUGAUCUCUUUUGGUAGUGGGGCACAUGGGGAUUAUUACCCCUUUGAUGGUCCUGAUGGUACUCUUGCACACGCCUUUGCUCCUGCCCCUGGAAUUGGAGGAGAUGCUCAUUUUGAUGAGGAUGAAACUUUCACGUUUCGCUCAAACUCUGGCUACGUCCUCUUCAUGGUUGCUGCUCACGAGUUUGGCCACUCUCUGGGCUUGUCCCACUCUAAUGACCCUGGUGCUCUCAUGUACCCCACCUACACAUACAGAAACCCUGACACCUACGUUCUGCCACGCGAUGAUGUCAGAGGCAUCCAGUCCCUCUAUGGUGCAAACACGGAUCCUAUUCCUCCUGGACCCACUGCUCCCAUCACUCCUGAUGCUUGUGAUUCCACCAUGGUCCUGGAUGCUGUUGCCACUCUGCGAGGAGAAAUGCUCUUCUUCAAAGACAGCUUCUUCUGGCGCAUCUACCCUCAGAGUUCUACACCUCAGCAGAGUCUCAUCACAAACUUCUGGCCCAAUGCUCCUGAAAACAUUGAUGCUGCUUUUGAGAGCUCACAGUCCGACAGAGUUUUUCUUCUUAAAGACCAAAGAGUGUGGGCCUUUAGUGGCUAUGACCUCGUUCAUGGCUAUCCCAAAUCCAUUUCCAGCUUUGGUUUGCCCAGAACAGUCAAGAAAAUAGAUGCAGCUCUCCAUAAUCCAGAAACUGGCAAGACCCUCUUCUUUGUCGGCACCAACUACUACAGUUAUGAUGAGACUACAAAGACUUUGGACCGUGGUUUUCCUAAACGAGUGGAUGACACCUUCUCUGGCAUGACUGGUCGGGUGACAGCAGCUCUACAGUACAGAGGGUUUGCUUACCUCUACAGUGGACCCUACAUGCGUGAGUACGGCCUGAGGUCCGGGAGAAUGUUGCGUGUGCUGGAAAACAACUACUUCCUGCCUUGCACCAACUUCUAAAUCAGAUAAACCCUCUUAAUGACAAUGAA